AUAGCACUUAAUCAGUGAGUGAUCACUUUAAAAAGAGAUAGUUUCUCCACUCGAAGUCAUAUUUUGUGGCAAAGUUACAGAAAAACAAGGAGAAAUUUAGAAAACAUGGCAGAAAAGAAUGUCCCUAAUGUGUUGCUGAACUCAGGACACAAAAUGCCAGUUAUUGGCAUGGGAACUUCAGUAGAUGAUCGUCCAUCAAAUGAUGUCCUUGCUUCCAUCUUUGUUGAUGCCAUUCAAGUAGGCUACCGCCAUUUUGACAGUGCUUCUGUGUAUGGGACAGAAGAAGCAAUAGGCCUAGCUUUGGCAAAAGCUUUAGACUUGGGUCUUAUAAAGAGUAGAGAUGAAGUUUUCAUCACUUCAAAGCCAUGGAACACAGAUGCACACCAAGAUCUUAUUGUUCCUGCUCUCAAGACCACAUUAAAAAAGCUGGGGGUGGAGUAUGUGGAUCUUUACCUGAUUCAUUGGCCAGUGAGGCUGAGGCAUGAUCUUGAAAACCCUGUUGUUUUUUCAAAAGAAGAUUUACUUCCUUUUGAUAUAGAAGGGACAUGGAAAGCUAUGGAAGAGUGCUACAAACUAGGCUUAGCAAAGUCAAUUGGCAUAUGCAAUUUUGGUACCAAAAAACUCACCAAACUCCUGGAAAUAGCUACCAUCACUCCUGCAGUGAAUCAGGUGGAAAUGAACCCAUCAUGGCAGCAGGGGAAACUGAGGGAGUUUUGCAAGCAGAAAGGAAUUCAUGUUAGUGCCUGGUCAGCUCUUGGGGCCUAUAAGGUAACUUGGGGUUCAGGAGCAGUCAUGGAGAAUCAUAUCCUUCAAGACAUAGCAACUGCAAAAGGCAAGACAGUAGCUCAGGUUGCACUUAGGUGGGUGUACCAACAAGGGUCAAGUGCCAUGGCUAAAAGCUUCAACAAGGAGAGGAUGAAACAGAACCUUGAAAUAUUUGAUUUUGAGCUGAGUGAAGAAGAACUGGAGAAGAUUAAGCAGGUUCCACAGCGCAGGCAAUACUUAGGAGAAAUGUGGCUAUCUGAAAAUGGGUCUUGCAAGACCGUGGAAGAACUUUGGGAUGGCGAUGUAUGAAGAUUUCUUCAAAGUUCAUCAUAUGUAUUAGGAAAAUAAACUUCAAGAUUUGAAUUCAAUAAUAUUAGGUUGCUUAUAUCAUCGUGUAUUAGCAUAUGAGCAAUCAUGGUUGGCUCUAUAUUCAGAUGUAUAGACCAAGCUAACCUCUACCUCAGUAUUUACUUAGGAAGCGUCCUUGCUUGAAUAAGAGUGAGUGUUGUGACGUUUGUGUGAGAGGAGUGGGGAUGUAGAGUUACCAUUAUCAUUCAAAUGUAACCUCUGUAAAAGAUGUCAAAGCUCUGUGGCUCUGCAUACUUGUUCCAUCUCCAAAUAAACCAAAAUGUUAUUCUAAAA